UUUCACUGUCGGAUACGGAGUGCGCUAUAUAUAAAAGCAGUGUCGAGUCCGCACAUCUCACAAGUCAUAUCAUAUUUGCCAAACACUUAUUGUAUUGAAUAAAUCCAAUACCUGUUCACUAAACGCCACAAUGAAGUCCCAAAUGAUCGCAGUGUUGGCCAUAUUCAUGGUUCUGGCUCUCGUCGCCCUACCCCUCGCCUCCGCACAGUUUUACGAAUGUUUCAAAACUGAUCCACCGCUGAAGACCUCCACCACAGACACAAUGGAAACGCUUAUAUCGAUCAAAGACUUCCACGCAUUGAGACCAAUGACGGGCGACGAGAGGCUCACGUCAUCCGUACGGCUACUCUGUGUCUGCGGUUUCAACGGAUCCGAAGUGAUCUUCGCCACCCGUGAGGACCGGGUCUACGGCUUUGGGGCCAAUCGUUACGGCUGUUUGGGUUUGGGUACGAGUGCUCAACACAUUCCGGUGCCGACACUCAACCCCACACUCUCUGGUCAACGACUUGUGGACAUCUGUUGCGGAUUCGCCUUCAGGAUCGGUGUGACGGCCGGCGGCCAGUGUUGGUCGUGGGGUGAGAACAAGUACGGCCAGUUGGGCACCGGUGACACACAUGACUCGCACACACCGCUACUCAUACGGACGUUUAGGCACCUGUCGGUGGCGGCUGUGGUGUGCGGCAAAUCGCAUACACUGGCGCUCACCGCCGAUGGCCAGGUGUUCGCCUUCGGACGCAAUCAGUUCGGACAGUUGGCCGACAGGCGGUACGGCUACUGUCCGACGCCCACACCCAUCGCCGACCUCUUCUACAGGGAUGUGAUGGCGAGUCUGUCGGCCGGCAAACACCACUCGCUAGCGCUCGGCCGCAGCGGACGGGCGUAUGUGUGGGGUAUCAACGACUGCGGUCAGUGCGGCCCCCAAUCGGACGACACCCGAAACGGCAAUAUUCCUGUCUGUCAUUCGCCGCGAGAGCUCUCAGGCCUGCCGUCGGACGUGUCUAUAGUGAAGGCCGUGUGCGGACCCAAUCACACGCUACUGCUGUCCGGCAGCGGUCAGGCGUACGCCAUCGGCGGCAACAACUGGGGACAGAUAGGGAACGGCACUCAACGCCAUCAGUCGUCGCCGGCGCCGAUCGCACCCAACGUGCGCUUCAAAGACCUGAUCACUCAUUACGAUCACACGCUCUCUAUUGGUCUGUCCAUCGAUGGCCAGUAUUACGUGUGGGGAAUGGUUGGCUUCUUCGCCCCCCGACCCAUACCCGAGUCGAUGACCAGUUAUACUGUUUACGACAUUUACGCCAACUAUUGUCGCGUUAAUAAGACUUUCGAGACGAUUGUCUUCGACAGAGAAGUAGAAGUGUUGGCGAAGAAUAACAACGGAUCCAACGUUUCGGUGGCCAACGAACAGAGCCAACGCGGGCUGACUCUCAGCACCGGUAGUCAUGGUGUGAUAGAGCCGUCUAUUGCGGACAAUGAGUGCCUGAAGAGUGGCGACAGUUCCCAAAGCGUGUCUUUGAGUGCAUUUCUGAGACAAUUGUCGUCCGCUUUCGACAACGAAUGCGAUUACGAUUUG